AUGCCAAUCAACUACCUUUCCUAUGAUGGAAGAGAAACAGUGCCGAAACUCGACACUAUCCAACAUUGCCUCAUACAAAGCGGGAAAUGUACAACAAAUACAAGUAUAUUUUUAUGGAAUGCGGCAGAAGCUAUAAGUGAAUGCUUAUAUCGAAAAAUUGGGAAUUACCAGGCAAGGAUAUGUGAUGAUCUGUCAUCAUUGAUGAGCUGCAAAUGCCAUUUACCUUUAAAAGUAACAAAACAAUUCGAGAAACUUCAACUUUAUCAAUCCUAA